ACUUUGGGACAUUCUUCACCUUGGAAAACGAUCUCCCGGAUGAACUGAUCUCCAACGGAGAGAUGACUCUUGUAAACAACAGCGGGAGCCUGGUUCCAGACGCAGCUUCGAAACACAAACAGCUUUCUGAACUUCUGAGGGGAGGCAGCGGCAGCGGCAGCAGCAGCAGCAGCAGCAGCUCCACUCUCGGCCCAGGAAUCGGGAGCAUGAACUCCAGCAGCCCUGUCCCUCAGGGCAUCGGCAGCCAAAUCCAGGGACAGCCGAACAGCGUCAGCCUUGGCAGCCUGGCUGUGAUGGGCAAGAGCCCCAUCAGCCAGGGAGAUGCUGCGGGGCCCAGUCUGGCCAAGCAGGCCGCCAGCACCUCUGCGCCUGGUGCCCCAGCCACCCAAGCCCUGAACUCCCAAGCACAGAAGCAGGCGGGGAUGGCCACGAACAGCCCCGCGGCCUCCCAGGCCGGAGGCGGGGGCAUGUGCAUGAACACGGGCUUCAACCAGGCGCACCCUGGGCUACUCGGCAGUAAUAACUCUGGCCACAGUCUAUUGAAUCAGGGCCAGCAAGGACAAGGGCAGGUCAUGAACGGAUCCCUUGGGGCGGCUGGACGAGGACGAGGCGCUGGGAUGCAAUAUUCUGCCACCAGCAUGCAGGGCAACACGAGCAAUGUGCUGGCGGAGGCCUUGACGCAGGUGUCUCCUCAAAUGGCGGCUCACGCAACCCUGAACACCGCGCAGGCGGGAGCCAUGGCGAAAAUGGGGAUGGCCAGCAAUCCAAGUCCCUUUAGCCAGCCAUUUAGUCAGACUGCAGGGCAGCAGAUGGGGGCAGCCGGUAUCAACCCUUCAUUACCGAACAAGCCGGGAAUGGCCAAUAGCUUAUCUGCCUUUCCUCCAGACAUCAAGAGUGUAUCAGUUACCGGUGUGUCAAAUAUGAUGCAAAGCCAGGUACAGCAGGUGGGGAUCGUCCCAACGCAGGCGAUAGCAACGGGUCCGACGGCAGACCCAGAGAAGCGCAAACUGAUUCAGCAGCAAUUGGUCCUGCUGCUUCACGCUCACAAGUGCCAGAGACGAGAGCAAGCCAAUGGGGAGGUGCGAGCAUGCGCCCUUCCCCACUGCCGCACCAUGAAAAAUGUCCUCAAUCACAUGACCCAUUGCCAGGCGGGGAAGGCCUGCCAAGUUGCCCACUGCGCAUCAUCCCGUCAGAUCAUAUCCCACUGGAAGAACUGUACGCGGCAUGACUGCCCUGUGUGUCUCCCGCUGAAAAAUGCCAGUGACAAGAGGAACCAGCAGCCACUUCUGGGGUCCCCAGCUGGAGGAAUCCCGAACUCUGCUGCCUCUGGCACAGGCCAGCCGCCACCGACUCCUCUCAGCAACCCAAACCCGAUUGACCCCAGCUCCAUGCAGCGUGCCUAUGCAGCCCUGGGCCUGCCCUAUGGCAAUCAGCCCCAGGCCCCGCUGCAGCCACAGAUCCAAGGCCAACAGCCCUCCCAGCCUCAGACCCAUCAGCAGAUGAGAACCAUCAGUGCGCUGGGAGCCAGUUCCAUGAAUCUGCCCACAGGAGGAAUCACAGACCAGCAGCCCAGCAUCAUAUCAGAAACAGCUCUUCCGACCGCACUGGGGACAGCAAACCCCUUGAUGAGUGAUGGCACAAAUUCAGGUAGCGCUGGAAAUCUCAGUGGCUCCAUCCCAACGGCCGCACCACCGUCCAGCACUGGAGUGAGGAAAACCUGGCAUGAGCAUGUCACUCAAGACCUGCGCAAUCACUUAGUACACAAACUUGUGCAGGCCAUCUUUCCAACUCCUGACCCAGCAGCACUGAAGGAUCGCCGAAUGGAGAAUCUGGUGGCUUAUGCUAGGAAAGUAGAAGGGGACAUGUACGAAUCAGCAAACAGCAGGGAUGAAUAUUACCAUUUAUUGGCAGAGAAAAUUUAUAAAAUACAAAAGGAGCUAGAAGAAAAACGGCGGUCUCGUUUGCAUAAGCAAGGAAUCCUGGGUAACCAGCCGGCCUUACAGGCUCCUGGGGCUCAGCCUCCUGGCAUCUCACAGGUGGCAGUCGCCAUGGGGCAAGCGCAGCCCGUCAGGCCUCCCAAUGGCCCUGUGUCCGUGCCAAAUGUGCCUGUCAGCCGCAUGCAGGUCUCUCAAGGGAAUGCCCAAAUGCCUCAGGCCCCCCUUGGACCACGUGCAGCUUCUCCAAUGAACCAUCCCAUCCAGAUGAACAACAUGGGCUCCGUUUCAGCGAUGGCUCUGUCUCCUUCCCGGAUGCCUCAGUCCCAGAGCAUAAUGGGAGCUCAUUCCAACAGCCUGAUGGGCCAGGCCUCUGCCCAGAACCAGUUCCUCUCACAGAGUCAGUUUCCUGCCUCGGGUGGAGCUCUGAACGUCAACAGUGUCGCCAUGGGUCAGCCAGCAGCCCAGGCGGGAGUGUCACAGCUGGGACAGGUUCCAGGGGCUUCUCUGCCAGGCCCUGUCAGUGCACUCGGGCCACCAAACAGCCAGAUGACCGGUCCUCCCCUGACGCAGCCAUCCCUUCACCAGCCUGUGCCCCCCUUUUCCACUUCUGCGGCCAGCGUGCCCUCGGUACAGCACCCUACUGCCCCGGGAAUGACUCCUCCGCAGCCAGCGGUGCCUGCCCAGCCACCCACCCCGCUCUCUGCUUCGGGACAAGCCCCCACACCAGCGGCUGGCUCUGUCCCCAGCACCAUGCAGAUGCAGAGCACACCUUCGGGGCAGACGUCAGCACAGGCACAAGGGACGCCGCAGCCUCUAACCCCAGGACAGCCCCCCUCUGUGUCAACCCCACAGCCGUCUCAGCAGCUGCCACCGGCUCCUAUAUCAGCUCAGGCCCCAGCCACUCCUCUCUCUCAAGUAGCAGCGGCGGCGGCAGCAGCGAGCAUUGACAACAAGGUGCCCAGUCCGGAUUCUGCUGCCAGCGCAGAAGUCAACACCCAGAAGUUUGGGCAAGAGACGCAAAUGGCAGAGGGCAAAUCUGAAGUUAGGACUGAAAGAGCUGAGUUGGAGUGUGGCGAAGUUCAAGUGGAGCCAAAGCUAGAGCUGGAGGAGGAGCCAGCAGGGCAACCUGCGCAAACCAAAGAAGAACCGAGCGGGGAAGAGAGUAAGCAGGAACCCAUGGAGGUAGAAGGGAAGAAGCAGGAGGUAAAAGAGGACGACGAGAGCAGCUGUGCCAGCACCACCUCACAGUCCACGUCGCCGUCUCAGCCGCGGAAAAAGAUUUUUAAACCGGAAGAGCUGCGGCAGGCGCUCAUGCCCACCUUGGAAGCUUUGUACCGGCAGGAUCCUGAGUCUCUACCUUUCCGGCAGCCUGUUGACCCUCAGCUCCUGGGCAUCCCGGAUUAUUUUGACAUUGUGAAGAAUCCCAUGGAUCUUUCCACCAUUAAGCGCAAAUUGGAUACUGGCCAGUACCAGGAGCCAUGGCAGUAUGUGGAAGAUGUCUGGCUGAUGUUUAAUAAUGCCUGGCUUUAUAACCGCAAGACUUCAAGGGUCUAUAAAUUUUGCACUAAGCUUGCGGAGGUCUUUGAGCAAGAAAUCGACCCUGUCAUGCAGUCCUUGGGAUACUGUUGUGGACGCAAGUAUGAGUUUUCUCCUCAGACUUUGUGCUGCUAUGGGAAACAGCUCUGCACUAUUCCCCGGGAUGCCACCUACUACAGCUACCAGAAUCGGUAUCACUUCUGUGAGAGAUGCUUUACUGAAAUCCAGGGGGAAAACGUUACCCUGGGUGAUGACCCUGCCCAGCCGCAAACGACAAUAUCAAAAGAUCAGUUUGAGAAGAAGAAAAAUGAUACACUAGACCCAGAGCCUUUUGUGGAUUGCAAAGAAUGUGGUCGGAAGAUGCAUCAGAUCUGUGUUUUACAUUACGAUAUUAUUUGGCCCGCAGGGUUUGUGUGUGACAACUGCUUGAAGAAAACUGGUCGAACCCGCAAAGAAAACAAAUUCAGUGCCAAAAGGUUGCAGACCACCCGCUUAGGAAACCACUUGGAAGAGAGGGUGAACAAGUUCUUGCGGCGACAGAAUCACCCAGAAGCCGGGGAAGUCUUUGUGAGAGUAGUAGCCAGUUCAGAUAAAACAGUGGAAGUGAAGCCGGGAAUGAGGUCUAGGUUUGUAGAUUCUCGGGAAAUGGCCGAGGCGUUUCCCUAUCGGACGAAGGCUCUCUUUGCGUUUGAAGAGAUCGACGGAGUGGACGUGUGUUUCUUUGGGAUGCAUGUUCAGGAGUACGGCUGGGAUUGCCCCCCUCCCAACACCAGGCGGGUCUACAUCUCCUACUUAGACAGUAUUCAUUUCUUCCGCCCAAGAUGCCUCCGUACUGCGGUUUAUCAUGAGAUCCUUAUUGGGUACCUGGAAUAUGUCAAAAAACUGGGGUAUGUAACAGGCCACAUCUGGGCCUGCCCACCAAGUGAAGGAGAUGACUACAUCUUCCACUGUCACCCUCCUGACCAGAAGAUCCCCAAGCCGAAGCGCCUGCAGGAGUGGUAUAAGAAGAUGCUGGACAAAGCCUUCGCCGAGCGGAUCAUUCAUGACUACAAGGACAUAUUCAAACAAGCAACAGAAGAUCGGCUGACAAGUGCCAAGGAGCUGCCUUACUUUGAGGGUGACUUCUGGCCCAAUGUGCUGGAAGAGAGCAUUAAGGAGCUUGAGCAGGAAGAGGAGGAGAGGAAGAAGGAGGAGAGCACAGCUGCUGGUGAAGCCAUGGAGGGGAGCCAGGGCAGCGACAGCAAGAGCGCCAAGAAGAAGAACAACAACAAGAAAACCAACAAGAACAAGAGCAGCAUCAGCAGAGCCAACAAGAAGAAGCCGGCCAUGCCAAACGUGUCCAACGACCUCUCGCAGAAGCUCUAUGCCACUAUGGAGAAGCACAAGGAGGUCUUCUUUGUGAUCCACUUGCACGCCGGCCCAGUGGUCAACACCCUGCCACCCAUUGUGGACCCUGACCCACUGCUGAGCUGCGACCUGAUGGAUGGCCGGGACGCCUUCCUGACGCUGGCCCGGGACAAGCACUGGGAAUUCUCCUCCUUGCGCCGCUCCAAAUGGUCCACCCUCUGCAUGCUAGUGGAGCUCCACACUCAGGGGCAGGACCGCUUCGUCUACACCUGCAACGAAUGCAAGCACCAUGUGGAGACGCGGUGGCACUGCACCGUCUGUGAGGAUUAUGACCUCUGCAUCAACUGCUACAACACCAAGAGCCACGAACACAAGAUGGUGAAGUGGGGCUUGGGCCUGGAUGACGACAGCAACAGCCAAGGCGAGCAGCAGUCCAAGAGCCCCCAGGAGUCACGCCGGCUCAGCAUCCAGCGCUGCAUCCAGUCCCUGGUUCAUGCCUGCCAGUGCCGCAACGCCAACUGCUCACUGCCGUCCUGCCAGAAGAUGAAGCGGGUCGUCCAGCACACUAAGGGCUGCAAGCGCAAGACCAAUGGUGGCUGCCCCGUCUGCAAGCAGCUGAUAGCGCUGUGCUGCUACCACGCCAAGCACUGCCAGGAGAACAAGUGCCCGGUGCCCUUCUGCCUGAACAUCAAACACAAACUCCGCCAGCAGCAGAUCCAGCACCGGCUCCAGCAGGCCCAGCUCAUGCGCCGACGGAUGGCCACCAUGACCACCCGCAACGUGCCUCAGCAAAGUUUGCCUUCUCCUACCUCAGCCACACCCGGGACACCCACCCAGCAGCCAAGCACCCCGCAGACCCCGCAGCCCUCCCCUGUCAGCAUGUCGCCGGCCGGCUUCCCGGGCGCAGCCAGGACUCAAGCCCCGCUCCCCCCGCCGCCACUGCCUGCCUCCCUUUCAGCUGGCAAGCCUGCCACCCAGGUGCCUGGGCCCCCGCCACCCACGCAGCCGCCUCCUGGGGCUGUGGAAGCAGCGCGGCAGAUUGAGAUCGAAGCUGCGCAGCAGCAGAAGCAGCAGCAGCAGCAGCUCUACCGAGUCAGCAGCAAUGGCUUGCCCGCUGGCCGCGUUGGCAUGGUGAGCCCAGCAGCGGUCGGAGCCAUCAACCCCUUGCAGCAGCAGCAGCAGCAGCCACCCCCACCGCAGCCACCGCCACCGCAGCCACCGCCACCAGUCAGUCUGAACGUGGCCCGGCCUGGACCGACCAGCAGCGGCCCUGUGAUGCCCAGCAUGGGGCCUGGGCAGUGGCCCACAGCGCCCACCAUGGCCCAGCCACCCACCCUGCAGCCAGGAAUGCCGCGGCCGGUCAUGCCGAUGCCAGCUCAGCAGGGGUCAGUUGGCCCCCGGAUGCCUGGUGCGCAGCCAUCGCCCCCCACACGCAGCAUUGCCCCCAACGCUUUGCACGAGUUGCUGCGGACCUUGAAGUCUCCCAGCUCCCCUCAGCAGCAGCAGCAGGUGCUGAACAUCCUGAAGUCCAACCCUCAGCUCAUGGCAGCUUUCAUCAAGCAGAGAACAGCCAAGUACGUGGCCAGCCAGCCGGGCCUCCAGCAGCCCCAGGCAGCCCUCCAGCCGCCGCCUCAGCCAGGCUUGCCAAACGUGAGUGCCAUGCAGCCAGGGGUCCCGCGCCCAGGCAUCCCUCCCCAGCAGCCAGGGGUGGGGGGCCUGAAUGCCCAGGGUCAGACCAUCAGCAUCCUGAACCCCGCCAGCCACAGCCCUGGCAUGGCCACCAUGAGUCCCCAGUACAGGGAGAUCCUGAGGAGGCAGCUCCUACAGCAGCAGCAGCAGCAGCAGCAGCAAGGUAGCACUGGGUUGGCUUCUCACAACCAGUUCCAGCAGCCCUCUGCCGCCGUGGGAUACUCACAAGCGGCCAUGCAGCAGCAGCAGCAGCAACAGCAUCGGAUGCAGCAGCAUCAACAGCAGCAUCUCUCCCUCCAGUCCGGUGCGAUGGGCCCGAUGGCUCAGAUUGGACAACUGAACUCCCUGGGGCAAGCCAGCCUGGGGGCAGAGGGCAGCCCCAGUCUCCAGCAGGCCCUGCAGCAGCGGAUCCUCCAGCAACAGCAGCAGCAGCAGAUGAAGGGGCAGCUAGGCUCUCCUGGACAGCAGCCCACCCCCAUGAGCCCCCAGCAGCAGCAGCAGCACCUGCUCUCAGGACAGCCCCCGCCGGCCCCCCACCUGCCCGGCCCUGCGCUGGGCGCCUCCCUCGGCAGCCAGGUGCGGUCACCGGCCCCCGUCCAGUCCCCCCGGCCCCAGUCCCAGCCCCAGCCCCCGCAUUCCAGCCCCUCUCCCCGGAUACAGCCCCAGCCCUCCCCGCACCACGCGUCGCCCCAGACGGGCUCCCCGCACCCGGGGCUGGCGGUCCCUCUGGGCGGCCCCUUGGACCAGGGGCACCUGGGCAACCCUGAGCAGAGUGCAAUGCUUCCCCAGCUCAACCCUCCCAACCGCAGCGUCUUGCCCAGUGAGCUCUCCCUGGUGGGCGACGCUUCCGGGGGGGACACGCUGGAGAAGUUUGUGGAGGGCUUGUAGCGGCCGCCCGGCUUCCUGGACCUUCUGCCCGGAAGAGACGGACCUCUCGCUUGAGGCGAGCCCUCGAUGGGACUUCUUCGUCCGAUGCUCACGGAAAGGAUGAAUUGCUGUUUAAAAACACAGAAUAUAUAUUUUUUGUUAAAGCCAGCCAGGUGUGGUUGAAAUAUCUGGUCUUCUUUUUGUUGUUGUUCCUGUUGUGGGGUUUGUUUGUUUUUUAAGUUUUGUUGUUAUUGUUGACUUUUGCUUUUUUUUUUUUAAAGGGGGCAAAUAAGUCCAUUAUAUUCAUAUUUUUAUUUGUAUUUUCAAGACUAAGCAUUUGCGUUUAACAGAGAAGGAAAUGUAAUAUCCAGAAACUGUUCCUGAACCGAUGCAAGAUCCUGAUGUCCCCGGCUGACUCUCCCGCCGUUCUCUGCUGAACACUGAGGUUACCUGAAGUAUUAUGAUUCCUGCCUUUGGGGAAGACAGGAGGAGGCACACAGCCUGCGCUGCUGCGGACGCCUCUGAUAAAACUGGUUUUAGAUUUUCAAGAGAAGGAAGGAAGGAAAGAAAGGAGAGAGAUGACCGCUUCCUGGCCCAAGCGUAUUUUAAGAGGGAAGGAGGAUAUCCUUUCCUUUAAUUCUGUGAUGUGAAACUUGAAAUGAGGAAAAGCAAUUCUAGUGUAAAUCAUGCAAGCUCUCAGAUCCCUAUAAAUAUUUUAAAAGUCCACGAUUCAAUCACUGUAUAGAAAGGGGCUCAUUUCUUACUUCUCUAGCAGAUUGUUAAAUAAACGGUGUGCAACAGACAAAGAGGGUGAUCCUUCUUGAAUUCAUGUACAUGGUAUUAACUUAGUGUUUGGAUUUUUUUUGUUAUGAAAAACACUGUUUUCAACAUUGUAUUUGGACUAUGCAUGUCUUUUUUCCAUUGUAUAUAUAGUAUUGCUUAAAGGUGAUAUAAAUUACUGAAGUUUUUAACAUGUAUUCUGUUCUUUUAAAUAUGUAUAAGAAUGUAUUAAGUUUAUACACAUACAUACAUACAUACAUACGCAUUCCAUCACUUGUGG